GCCCCUACGGUGCCAUGGUCGGGCCACAUGAGGCCCCCGAGGAUGCCCCACAUUGUGUUCCUUCUUUUAAAGGUGAGUUGUGGUACUUGACACAUCUAGAACACUUAACACCUCUCUUACAUGGUCCUCUUUUGGAAGGAAAUAUUUUUAAGACAAGGUGGAACAAAACCUGUGAACGUCACUUUAUUUGUACUGUGUGUGUGUGUGUGUGUGUGUGUGUGUGUGUGUAGUCUAACGAGGAAACGAGUCGAACAAGUCGUCAUCUUUGUCAAACAUGAGCCGGACGCUGCUGAGAGAGUGAGGUGUUGCCGCCGUGUCAUGUGGACGUGUCCGCCUCGUCUUCAUCAUGUCGGUCAGCGUCAACGUGAGGAAGAUCUCCAACUUGCCUGGACGAUCUCCCAGGAGAGUGGAGCUCUCCUUCAGAGGCUUCACCCAAAAGACCAGAGUGGUGCACAGCGAGGGCGUGGCCAUCUUUAACGAGUUUUUCCGUUGGCCUCACUAUGGAAAAGCGAUCCGAAAUGAAGUGUUGACCAUCAGAGUUUACAACUUCAGUAAAGUCUUCUCCAACCGACUUGUGGGCAAGCUGGUUGUGGGUUUAGAGCACAUCGUGACUUCAGGGAGGGUUGUGCUCCGGGAACCUCUGACUGACACCAACCAUCUCCUGACAGAUGUCUACGCCGAGUUGGACAUUCGCUACCACCCCCUGGAGGGCGCGGCGGGAGGAUGGGAGGGCAGAGACUUUGUCAAGGAGGAGGACCAGGACCAGUUGUCGCUGGGCAUCAUCAACGAAGGCUUCGAAGAACCGGAGAGUUUGCAGAUAUUGAGUCGUCAAGAGAGAGAGCUGGAGAGAGAGACUCGCCAUCUGGGGCGGACUCUCAUCCAGUCUGAGGGUGAUGAUGAUGACUACUAUGAUGAUGAAGAUGACGACGACGACCUGUCGGACUCAGAGGCGUCCGACCUCGUCUUCACUCCCUUGUUGAGUCGUAGCAGACCUCUCUCCAGGCGUGUUGUCGCUGCGACUCCCAGAGUUCAGAGUUUCCAGGUGAACGUCCACAUCCUGGAAGCUCAGAAGCUGGCGGGAGUCAACAUCAACCCUGCCGUCUUCAUCCGAGUGGGCGAGCAGAAGAAACACACGGCCACUCAGAAGUCCACAAACUUCCCCUUCUACAACGAGGACUUCCAGUUUGAGUUUCAGGAGACUCCAGACAUCCUCUUUGACAAAGUCAUCGAGAUAAAGGUGUUCCACCGGCGGACGCUGGCUUUUCUGGUGACGCACAUCGGGACCUUCAAGAUCGACAUCGCCACGGUCUUCAGCCAGCCAGGCCACCGCUUCUACGAGAAGUGGGCUCCGCUCACCGACCCGGCUGACACCAGGUCGGGGGUGAAAGGUUACGUCAAGGCCACGGUCAGCGUGCUGGUGAAGGGCGAGGCCCUCGGAGCCGGCCUGCCCCCGGCCACGCCCACUGGCAGCGAGGACCUGGAGAAGAACCUGAUGCUUCCUCGCGGUAUUCCCUCAGAGCGCCCCUGGGCUCGGUUCCGCGUCCGCAUCUACAAGGCGGAGGGUCUCCCCACCAUGGACUCGGGGCUGAUGGCCAAAAUGUCAAAGGUCACGGAUCGCACGGUUUUCAUCGACCCCUACGUCCAAGUGACCUUCUCGGGACAACAGGGGGAGACCUCGGUCAGCAGCGCCACCAGCUGUCCCGUUUGGAACGAGGAGAUCUCCUUCAUUGAGCAGUUCCCGCCUCUGGCCCAGAGGAUCAGAGUCCAGAUUCUGGACGACGCCAAGACGGGGGACAUCGCUCUGGCGACUCACUUCCUGGACCUGAAGCAGAUUUCUGACCCCACCAGAAAUGGCUUCAAUCCCACCUUUGGACCAUGCUGGGUCAAUCUGUACGGUUCUCCUCGGAACUCCACACUCGGAGACGUCCAUCAGGCUUUGAACCAGGGCCUUGGAGAAGGAAUCUUCUACCGUGGUCGAAUCCUCCUCGCGCUCUCUGUGGAGGUCUACACCUCGCCCUCGGUCAUCGCCACGGACACAAGCCCUUCUCCGCUGGCGUUGAAGGUGAAAGGAACUCUGGGAAGGUUUGGGCUGAAGAAGCCAAGAGGCAGCAAAAAGGAGAAGAAGAAGGAAGCUUCCAGCAGAUUGACUGAUGAGUCGGGGGAGGCCGGUGUGGAGGUGCCGGAGUCUGUUACCGUGGAGACUGAAGAGAUUCACCCGCUCCCUGAGGGUUUUCUGGGCGAGAGAGAAGACUUUCUUCUGUUCGCUUCUCUCUUUGAAGUCACCAUGAUGGAUCCGUCCGUAGGCACCAGACCAAUGACUUUUGAACUCUCAAUAGGAAACCACGGCAAGGUGGUAAAGUUUGGGAGAGCCAAAAAGAGUCAGAGCAGAGAGGAGCUGAGCAGAAGCCGGGAGGAUCUCAGUGAGGAGGGACAAGGUCUUCUGGAGUCUGAGGAAGAGCUGGACAAGGAGGAAGUGCUGAGUCCCGAAUCUGAAAACAGAUCUUUGUCUCGCCCCAUGAGGCCGCAGCCCACCGAGUACGACAGGUCGUUCCAGUACAUCCCCCUCCAGACGCCCGCCGAGAAACAUAAGCCGUGUCUGUUUGUGUGGAGUCAGUUCGAAAACCACAGCUUUCGCCUCUACCAGGUCAACUGGAUCAGCAAGAUGGCCGACAGGCUGGAGAUCGGCCUGGACGAGGUGGAGCGGCUCCAGAGGAGGCCGAGGAGCAACGUGAAGAAGCGUCUGAUUCACGUCCUGCUGGAGCUGGUCGUCUCCUGCAAACAGUUCCGACUCUUCUCAGAACGCCGCUCGCAGUUUCGUCCCAACAACCUCGACGCGCGCAGGAAGGCGUUCAUCAAGAAGAGUUUGGUGGCGGUGGCCAGGCAGGCGGCGAGAGCCAGGCAGAGGAUCACCAGACGAACGCUCAGACAGCGACUCCUGGACGUCAAGAGACUCCUGGCCAAGCUGCGCCACCUGGCCAAAGAGCCCCAGAACACCAUCCCGGACGCCUUCCUCUGGUUGUUAAACGGAAGCAAACGAUUGGCCUACGUCAGGAUCCCCGCCCACUCCAUCAUCUUCUCAGUGGUGGAGGACCAGAGGGGCCGGGAUUGUGGUCGAGUCACCACACUUUACAUGAAGUCUCCGGGAGGUUCCACCAGUGAGAUCUUUGCCAAGCUGGAGGUCUACCUGUGGCUGGGCCAGUCCAAGUACAGCAAGGAGGCCAUCACCUUGCUCCCAGAAGACUUCCUGCCCGUCUACGAGGAGCCCGAGCAGACGGCGCCGGUCUCCACGGGAACCAGGAGGAAGCUUCCUGUCAGCCUGUCCUGUCAGGACUGCAGGUACUUCCAGCUGCGCUGCCACAUGUACCAAGCACGCGGAUUGUUGGCGGCAGAUGACGACGGCCUGUCAGAUCCCUUCGCCAAGGUGGUCUUCUCCACGCAGUGUCAGCUCACCAAGGUGUCCCCGGACACACUCUCUCCCGCAUGGAGCGAGUGUCUGUUGUUUGAGCGCGUCCUGCUGGAGGGAACCAUGGAGGACCUCCAACAAGACCCUCCCCUGGUCGUCAUCCACGUCUUCGACUACGACGCCGUGGGGAGUCCGAAGCCUCUCGGCCGAGCGUACGCUGAACCGGAGUUGAAAUUCGCGCAGAUGCUGUACCAGAAGCCCCGCCUUUGUUUCUACGACAUCAGCAUCGGGCGUGCCCCCGCAGGCGAGCUGCUGGCCGCCUUCGAGCUGAUCGAGCUGGACUAUUCUUCCUUUGGAGAGCCCACCCUGCCGAGCAGCGUGGACCCUCAGGAGCUGACCUACCUGAAAGAGGCGCGUCACUACGACAUACCACCGGGGGUCCGACCAGUCCUGAGGGACUUCCGAAUCGAGGUGCUCUUCUGGGGUCUGCGGGAGCUGAAGCGGGUGCAGCUCUUCGAGGUGGACCGCCCGAUGGUGAGGGUGGAGUGUGCCGGAUGCCAGCUGGAGUCGGAGGAGAUCGAGAGCUUCAGGACGCAUCCCAACUUCAAAGAGCUGGCCCGAUUCCUCAAUGUGAAGCUGCCAGAGCAGACCUACCUCCACCCGCCCCUCACACUCUUUGUGGUGGAGCGCAGAGCCUUCGGCCGGCAGAUCCUGGUCGGGACGCACGUGGUCCAGAGUCUGAUGGACUACGCCCCGCGGGAGCUUGGGGAGGAGCCAGAUGACGAAGAGGAGGGGCCUCCACCAAAAGUGAAGAAGAAGCCUUCAGUGAAGCCCAGUGCCCUGAAAAACCUGAGGAAGUUCUCCCUCAUCAACCUGUCAGUCAAAGAGUCUGUCAUUCCCAACAAGGCCAUCGACCUGAUCAACGCUCCUCUCAAGAAGCUGAGGAAGAAAGAGGAUGAGCUGGAGGAGGACGUACCAGAAAACGAAGAACUGGACUGGUGGUCCAAAUACUACGCCUCCGUGGAAGAGCUGGAGAAGCAGGCUGCGGAGGAACUGCAGAAAAAGGAGGAGGAAGAACAGGCAGAACGAGAAGGCCAGAAUGAGUCUGCCACCAACAAUGAAGAAGAUGAGGUGGAUGCAGUGAUAACUCAAGUUGAUCCACCAAAGCGCAAGAAGAUCGCCACGCUAAAGUUGUACGUAGGUCAUCUGGAGUCCGAGUUCAGUCAGUUUCAGGACUGGCUGCAGAGCCUUCCACUCUUUAAAGGCCGGGCAAACGACGAGGAUGCUGACGAGGAUGACGAGGAAAGGCUGAUGGGAAAAUUCAAGGGUUCCUUCCUAGUCUACCCGGUAGAUUCAGACGACGAAGAAGACCCCAAGUUACAGAUCACUAGAUUUAUACCCCAAAACUCACCCUUCAAGGUCCUGGUGAGGAUCUACAUCAUCAAGGGCACCAAUCUGGCUCCUGCAGACCCAAACGGAAAAUCCGACCCGUACCUGGUGGUGGAAAUCGGGAAGCAGACCCAGGACACCAAAGACCGCUACAUCCCUAAACAGCUCAACCCUGUCUUUGGAGAGGUCUUUGAACUGACCGUGUCCUUCCCACUGGAGACAGACGUGCUCAUCAGGGUGAUGGACCACGACAUUGUGGGCUCUGAUGACAUCAUUGGAGAGACGCGGGUCGACCUGGAGAACCGCUUCUACAGUCGCCACCGGGCCAGCUGCGGCCUGGCGCUUUACUAUGAUAAGAACGGCUACAACAUGUGGCGGGAUGCGAAGAAGCCCUCUGUCAUUUUGUCAGAGCUUUGCAAGACAAACGGCAUCCCGUCUCCAGAGUACAGGCCCAACGAGGUCAAAGUCCUCAACAAGGUCUUCAAGAUCCCAGCAGAUGCCAUACCAGAAGAUCUUCUGAAGAAGAACCAGCGUUCUCCUCAGGAGCAGGAGGAGAUGGAGGAGCACGCGGCCCUCAGCGUGCUGCAAUGCUGGGGGGAGAUGGGCGAGUUCCUCCCCGGAGCCGUGCCUCUGGUCCCUGAGCACGUGGAGGUCCGAACCCUGCUGAACCCGGACAAACCAGGACUGCCGCAGGGCUAUCUUCACAUGUGGGUGGACAUGUUUCCAACUGAUGUUCCAGCCCCGCCCACUGUCGACAUUAAGCCCCGCCUCCCUCUACAACAUGAGCUGCGUGUCAUCGUCUGGAACACCGACGACGUUGUUCUGGACGACAUCAACCCGUUCACCGGCGUGCCGUCCUCUGACAUCUACUUGAAAGGAUGGAUUAAAGGACUGGAAGACGACAAGCAGGAGACUGACGUCCACUUCAACUCUCUGACUGGAGAGGGAAACUUUAACUGGAGAUUUGUCUUUCGCUUUGACUACCUGCCCACUGAGAAAGAGGUGGUCUACAAGAAGAAGGAGUCCUUCUUCUCUCUGGAGGAGUCGGAGUUCCGGCAGCCGGCGGUGCUGACGCUGCAGGUCUGGGACUAUGACCGCAUCUCGGCCAACGACUUCCUGGGCUCCGUGGAACUGCGCCUCAGCGACAUGGUGCGGCCCGCCAAGUCCUCCGGGAAGUGCACGGUCCAGAUGGCCAAGGACCGGGCGGUCCCGCGGGUCUCCAUAUUUCGCUCCAAGAAGAUGAAGGGCUGGUGGCCGCUGACCCGCCAGAAGACGGCCGAGGACUUUGAGAAGGAGCAAAAGGAGGAGGCUGAGAGGAAGAAGAAGGACAAGAAGGGCAAGAAGAAGAAGGAGGAGGAAGACGUCCAGUUCACCGACAGCAGCGGACACGUCUACCUGCUCGUGGGUAAGGUGGAGGCGGAGCUCCAGCUGGUGACUCUGGAGCAAGCUGAGGCUAAUCCGGUUGGACGUGGACGCAAAGAACCAGAACCUCUGGACAAGCCAAACCGUCCCAGCACCACUUUCACCUGGUUUGUCAACCCCAUGAAGACUUUCAUCUUCCUCAUCUGGAAGAAGUUCAAGAAGUUCAUCCUGGUCCUGGUCCUCCUGGCCGUGGUGACUCUCUUCCUGGGCCUGCUGGUCUACUCGCUGCCUCAGCAGAUCAGCGCCCUCAUCAUCCGAGGAUGAAGACGCCCUCCAACCAUUCAAGUCCUUUUUCAUACACUUUGCUGAAGUUUGCACAAACCUACAAAAAUAAAUGCCACAGAUAUUUAAGCAGAAUAAUCUUUAUCCAAGAUGGAUUUGUUUGGCAGUCAUAGAUCAACAGGAAGUGGCCUCAGUGUCCAUAUAUAUAUAUAUAUAUAUAUAUAUAUAUAUAUUAAAGUUAAAGUACCCAUGAUUGUCACAAACACACACACUAUGUGUGGCAAAAGUAUUCUCUGCAUUUGACCCAUCACCCUUGAUCCCCCCCUGGGAGGUGAGGGGAGCAGUGAGCAGCAGUGGUGGCCACACUCAGGAAUAAUUUUUGGUGAUUUCACCCCCAAUUCCAACCCUUGAUGCUGAGUGCAGAGCAGGGAGGUAAU